GGGGGGGGGGNGAGAUUGGAAAACAAGCAUUAAAAUAUUAUUUCCAUAACCAUAAAUCUCAUCCUAACUAAAGCGGCAAUCGCUUUUAGAAAUUUCCAAGAAAAAGGGAAACAGAAAGUCAGAGGAUUUGACUGUCUGAAUCAGGGAGAAAUGGUUUGCUGCCUAUAGAUACGACAAUUUAUCUUCGUUCUGACUGUGCUUAACAACCUGUUGUUAACCAAUCAAGUAUGUCUCAAGUAAAUAAUAACAAUAACCCAAAACAUGUUCACGGCACGCGCCGAUUGGACACAAACGAAUUAAACACUGAUUGUAUUAACACAUUACUGCCAUUUGAAGAUUUAAAACCCCGUGCAGGCACGGGCGGUUCAUUUGAAAGGUUCUCGAUUACAAGGGAAACUACGAAUAACCGGAUUACAAAUAGAGGCACACUCUCAAUUCUUAACCUGAAAAAAAAUUCUUGGAAGAAAAUAUAAAAUAAUUUUGAAGCAAGCGAAGAUGCCCAAGUCAUUCCUUUUGCGGCGCCAUUUACGACAGGAAUGGAACAGCAGAGAAGAAGCUUAUCCACCAACAGGUCAAUGGUUCUUUUCUUACUCGUGGACUGUGCAUAUUCCAGGACCUUUGCAGUUUUCCCCUUGGGAUGGUUUUUCUCCAGAAUCAGGCUUUCUGAAGUUAAGUUUCCAGCGUCAGAAUCCGACUUUUGAAGAAACAUCAGAAACCAAUGAGAAGCAGUUGGAAAAGAGUGGACGCAAAGUGGAAUACUUUGACAGACAACACGAUUACACCAGUGAUUUGGCGCCAAAUCAAAGUUAUAAAGAUAACGAGCUGAAGGCAGGUAAACUUAAAGACAUAUCGAGGGUAGCAGAAGCGGAGUACGUCGGUUCAUUAGCGAAGGAUAAAAAGCAAUCGGGGAAAAUUUCGAAAAGGUCUCAAUACCGAGGUUUUGAAGAACCAAACAACCUCCGUGAAGGUUCAAAGAAGCUGCCUGCAGCGUGCCAAACUGGUGGAAUCAAGCAGCCGUACAAGUGCGAUCAAUGCGGCAAAAUCUUCAAGACGAAGUACACCUUGACUAUUCAUCUGAAGAUGCCAUCCCACACGGGUGCCAAGCCGUUUGUGUGCGCCAUAUGUGGCAAGGGAUUUCGAUUGUCAAGCACACUCUGCCGUCACAAAAUAAUCCACACGUCAGAAAAGCCUCACAAGUGUCACAUCUGCGACAAGGCCUUUAAUAGGUCUUCCACGCUCAAGACGCACAUUCGCACCCACAGCGAAAUGAAGGAGUUCAUCUGCGACAUUUGUGGCAAGGGCUUCCAUCAAAAAGGCAAUUUGCGCAAUCACGUACUCAUCCACACCGGAGAGAAGCCGUAUCGAUGCAAUCUCUGCGAGAAGGCCUUCAACAAGCUGUCCAAUUUGAAGUUCCAUAUGCACAUUCACACGGACAACGCUCCUUACCGCUGCCGUUACUGCAAGACGUGCUUCACUCGAAGAUGUGAUCUCAAACUUCACAUUGCCGAUUGCAACCACCAGAGUUGAAGAAGGAAAAAAAACAGUCCAAGCGAUUAGGUGACAGUUAAUCGCCAUUGACACGUAAAGCAAAUGGAUGGUAUGCUGAUCAAAUAUUUAUGGCGACAACGCCAGAGACUUGAUGAACUUUUCUUGCCAAAACUUUAGUGUUAGAGAAAUAGGAAAUCGUCUAAGCGUUCGUGAAAACGAGCCUGUAUUCUAUAGCUAGCCAGGUUUCUUAUUCUGAUAGGAGACAGACUGCAAAAUUUGAUUUGUUUGUAAUAGUAAUAAGUUUGAUUUUAGUUACCGCAACGGACAAGCUAAAUGCCACAUUACUGGAAAUUCCAUUUGCUUGAAUUUUGACUUUUCUUGAGACUAAUUUUU